UAGAGGAUGAAGUAACACAAAUACCAAUUUCUUUCAAUUUCUCUGUUAUUUUCGUCAAAAUAUUGAAAAAAAAAAAUGGAUUCUUUCUCUUCGUUCUUCGAUUCUCAAUCGAGAACCCAUUGGAGUUACUCUACUUUCAAGAAUUUCAGCCAGAUCUCUCCGCUCGUUCAAUCUCAUCUCAAAAGGGUUUACUUGACGCUAUGCUGUGCGUUGGUUGCCUCAGCUUUUGGGGCUUAUCUUCAUAUCCUUUGGAACAUUGGGGGUUAUCUCACAACAUUUGCUUGCUUCGGAACCAUGAUUUGGCUCCUCUCUAUCCCUACUUAUCAAGAACAAAAGAGGGUUUCUCUUCUUAUGGCAUCAGCUGUAUUCCAAGGGGCUUCGAUCGGUCCUCUGAUUGAUUUGGCCAUCAAGAUUGACCCAAGUGUUUUGGUAGCUGCAUUUGUGGGGACAGCAUUGGCCUUUGCAUGUUUUUCAGGAGCUGCAAUGUUAGCAAGGCGAAGAGAGUACCUUUACCUCAGUGGCUUGCUUUCAUCUGGUGUGUCCAUUCUUAUGUGGUUGCAUUUUGCUUCCUCUGUUUUCGGUGGCUCCACCACCCUCUUUAUGUUCGAGAUCUACUUUGGGCUCUUGGUGUUUGUUGGCUACAUGGUAGUGGACACACAGGACAUAAUUGAGAAAGCACAUUUGGGUGACCUGGAUUAUGUGAAGCAAGCCCUCACCCUUUUCACUGAUUUUGUUGCUGUAUUUGUUCGCAUCCUGAUAAUCAUGUUGAAAAAUUCAGCUGAGAAGAACGAGAAGAAGAAAAAGAGAAGGAAUGAUUGAACCGUAAAGGCGUAGCCCAGUAAAGUUUGCUCAUCAGAUAUAACCUGCCUUGGAAAUAUGGAAGUUAGUUGACAAUACAAGUUCGUUUUCUUGCUUUUUUUUUUGUGGUGAAUCACUAUGUUAAUAUACCUAAAAGAUAGGUGUUAACUGUUACUUCAUCUUUAUGUUGGUUUUUGUUUUGGAACAUUGGUCAAACUAAUGACAUGUUCAUAUUUGCUUCUCUCAAGGUUUGCAGUUUCUUGCAUCUCCCUAUCUGCUUGUGGUAUUGUAAUUGUGAACUUGAUUGCUUAGGUGAUAAUGGUUCGGUUUCAAUGGCAAGGUUGAGGUCUUGGGAACUUUUGAGUUCCCAUAUUCGAGUCCUAUCUUAUAUAAA